AUGGCUCUCGAAGAUCUGUAUGCGAAACUAGUGAUAGAAGAUGAAGAUCAAGGCGUGGAAUUGCAGGGAGGUGAUGCUACGAAGGAAAUUGUUGAUUAUUGCUAUUGCCUGGUUGGUAGAUUCCAUACAGAUCGUGUUGUCCAUUUCAUUUCAAUAAGGAAUACUAUGGAAUCUAUUUGGCAUCCGAAGAAAGGGGUUUGCAUAAAGGAAAUGGGGGCUGGAAUCUAUGUUUUUCAAUUCUAUCAUCCCAUUGACAUGAGCCGUGUGCUCGAAAACGGUCCUUGGACAUUCAAUAAUCACCUUCUUCUGUUGAAACAUCUUAAGGAGGACGUAAACCCUAUGAGAGUUGAUCUGUUUGAAACAAGCCUUUGGGUACAAAUACACGAAGUUCCUGUCGAACUUCGUUCGGGCAGAGUUCUUGCCUAG